AUGCCCCCAAUGAACGAGCGAAGCCGGCCGAUGCCGCCGCCGAUAUCCUCAAGACAACGAGUCCCAGCAGGAACUGUACCUGCAGGCGAUGCCCGCACGCAAAUGUUUCGCGGACACAUGAUGCGACGUCAAGCAGCCGCCGCGCCUGCGGUUCCUCUGGCCGAUUCCAUGCGCUUGGACGCAACCGUGCAAACAGAAGUACUCGAUAUUGUUGUCAGAGACCAGCACGGAGAGAUUGAACUGGGGGAUCCACCAUCUCUCAUCUUUGACGACCUCGAUGACGUGGUGCUGGACGAUGGGCAGGAGACCGAGAAAGAGAGACAGAGACUCACAGAUGCGGUGAAUACGCACCGUAUCAAUCAGCAUACAACGACGGAUCAGGCAGAAGUGCUCGAGGCGUUAAAGUCUAGUUUACGAGCCAAAGUCAGCGCUCUGGCUGAGGAUAACUGGAUGUUUGAACCUGAAGAUCAAACAAGAGUAUGA